AUGGGAGUGGUCAGAACCGACGGCCUCAAGGGUAGGCGCGGACGUCUCCCGUCCAAGCCCAAAUCUCCACAGGAGUCCCCGCCCUCUCCACCGGUCAGUCUGAUCACCGCCCUGGUCAGGGCACACGUGGACACCUGUCCAGACAUCCCCAACCUGGACUACAGCCAGUUCCAGUUGUCCAAGACAGAUGACCCAUCCGGCGGACGUGAAGCCAACAUCAAAGGCUUCUACACCAUCUUGCUGCAGAGCAUGGAUGUUCUCCGGAGCUGGGCCGAGAAGAUCCCAGGCUUCAGUGACCUACAUAAAGAAGACCAGGAGCUCUUGUUCCAGUCGGCCUCCCUCGAGCUGUUUGUGCUCAAGGCCGCUUUCAGGUCAGUGGUCAGGGGUCAGGGGUCAGGGGUCAGGGUGAGGCACGGGCUGAGAGAGCCAGAGAAGAUGGAAGAACUCCAGAUGAAAAUCAUCGACUGUCUUCGCGACCACUGCACGUACAACAGCGAGGCUCAACGAAAACCACAUUUCUUCUCCCGAAUUCUCAGCAAGAUCGCAGAGUUGCGCACCUUGAGUCGCGAAGGGCUGCAGUGCAUGACGGAAGUGGCAAAAUUUGAUGACGUGAUUUCAGCACCGUCUGUGAUUCAAAAUUAUAUUUCGAAUCAGUUGCCUUUUUAAGAAACGAUUAUUAUUAUUUAUUUAUGUGAUUGAUUCAAUGGCUUUACGGUUAAAGAUGCUCAUGUGUUCUUACGUAGCGGUGAAAAAAAUAGUACGAGUGUGCGUUAUUAUUAUUAUUGUUUUCGUAGUUUUUACACGUUUUUUUUCUUUUUUAUAAUUGUACUUUUUUGUUUCUGAUUAUUUCUUCUGCUUCUUGAACAAUUUAGAAGGCAGUUUAAAAAAACAAAUUAUCUGUCUUUAUCAAGUCCCUAAUCAUUUGUUCUAAUUGAUAUCAACACAACGUAAACUGUUGUUAUUGUAUUUUGUAAAACAAGUAAAGAGGGUGUCCUGAUACACAAAGCGUUAAGUUUAUGCCCUGACCUUGUUCUAUUAGCUUGUUUGAAUGUUUCUUUUAUUAGAUUUAAAUGUUUCUUAUUUCCUUGGGCAAGAUGACGGUGCAGGUCAGAUAGAUCUGAAAGAAAGGAAUGUACAUUUUCACUGCCAAACGCCUAUAUUUGUUUUUCAUACGUAUGCAUUUUAAAAA